UCAGAAAUGAUUAAAAGUGUGUUGUCUUAGCCUUAAAAACAGCUGUUUUGCAUAACAUUGCGAAUCCGGUUGAUUUGCGUCAAAACAAAAACCAGGAUCAUGCUAAAAACCGCUGUUAGCCGCUUAUUACAAAUUAAUUCAGUGAAAUGUGGCGGCCGGGCGAAUUCGGUUCGCAAUAUCAACCUGAUUCCCAUGGUAGUCGAGCAAACUGGCCGCGGUGAACGGGCGUACGACAUUUUCUCACGCUUGCUAAAGGAGCGUAUAAUAUGUCUGAUGGGCAACAUAACCGACGACAUCAGCUCCACCGUUGUGGCUCAGUUGCUGUUUCUGCAAUCGGAGAACGUCAAUAAGCCGAUUCAUCUGUACAUCAAUUCCCCGGGCGGCGUUGUAACAGCGGGUCUGGCGAUAUACGAUACGAUGCAGUACGUCAAGCCACCGAUAGCGACGUGGUGCGUGGGACAGGCCUGCUCAAUGGGAUCCCUCCUCCUGGCGGCCGGUGCUCCGGGAAUGCGAUACUCCUUGCCCAAUGCCCGGAUCAUGAUUCACCAACCAUCGGGAGGCGCACAAGGCCAAGCUACAGACAUCCUUAUACAUGCCGAGGAAAUUAUCAAAAUUAAGCGCCAACUCACCAAAAUUUACGUGAAGCAUGCAAAAAACUCAUAUGAAGAGAUGUGCGGGCGCAUGGAGCGCGACCACUUUAUGACCCCAGAAGAGGCCAAAGUGCUGGGCAUAAUCGACCACGUUCUCGAACAUCCGCCAGAGACGGUUUCGGAAACUGGGCCCGCAUCGGAAGGCGGCGUCGCCGGCAAAUCAAUGCCCGAGGAGUCUGAGAAGAGGAGCAAGCAAGCGGCUUAGAAGUCAAUCACGCGUAUAAACCAAAAUUCGAUAUCAAAACGUUUUGGAUACAUCAUUUUUCUUUAGAAUGUAAACUUUCAAAUAAUACCAAGAAAACCUCAAGUCGAGUUUUUCCUAAAGCAGCUAACCGAUUGCAUAAUUAGGGUAGUGAAGCUUUUAUAUAAUUAUGAUCAUUGCCGGUGAUCUGGAAUUAUCGUAUUCUGCCUCAAAGAGCUAGUCUCUUUUGAGAGGAGAACGUAAGCAAUAUUUACUUGAACGAAUGAAAGAGUUUCGACACCUUUCCUUCAAAACUUUUCCCCAGCACAUUCAAUAAAAAACUUAGAAACUCUUGAAAAAAAAAUAAAUUUAUGGUGAACCACAAAAA